ACCAUAGAGUUGUUUAGUUCGUUCUUCAAUGUGUAGGCCUGCACACUGGGAGAUACGCUGAAGGCACCAGUGUUUAGGACAAACACAUAUAAAGGUGUCCCUUUAACUGAGUGUCUAUAAGGUUGGGACUUAUCAGAAACCAUGUAUGAUCAAGAUGAAGAUAUCCAGUACGAUGAAGAUGAUGACGAAAUCACUCCUGAUUUGUGGCAGGAAGCUUGCUGGAUUGUCAUCAGCUCCUACUUUGAUGAGAAGGGCCUGGUGCGGCAACAGCUGGACUCCUUCGACGAGUUCAUCCAGAUGUCAGUCCAGAGGAUCGUGGAGGACGCCCCACCUAUCGACCUGCAGGCUGAGGCUCAGCACACAUCAGGGGAGGUGGAGGAACCGCCACGGUACCUGCUGAAGUUUGAACAGAUUUACCUGUCCAAACCCACUCACUGGGAAAGAGAUGGAGCGCCUUCGCCUAUGAUGCCAAAUGAAGCUAGACUCCGCAACCUCACGUACUCAGCACCCUUGUACGUGGACAUCACCAAGACCAUCAUUAAAGAGGGGGAGGAGCAACUGCAAACUCAGCACCAGAAGACCUUCAUCGGCAAAAUUCCCAUCAUGCUCCGCUCCACGUACUGCUUACUGAGCGGCCUGACUGACCGUGAUCUGUGUGAGCUCAACGAGUGCCCGCUGGACCCCGGGGGUUACUUCAUCAUCAACGGCUCCGAGAAGGUCCUGAUUGCCCAAGAGAAGAUGGCCACGAACACGGUGUACGUCUUUGCCAAGAAGGACUCAAAGUACGCCUACACGGGGGAGUGCCGGUCCUGCCUGGAGAACUCGUCCCGCCCCACCAGCUCUAUCUGGGUCAGCAUGAUGGCCAGGGGGGGCCAGGGCGUGAAGAAGAGCGCCAUUGGUCAGAGGAUCGUCUCCACCCUGCCCUACAUCAGACAGGAAGUGCCCAUCAUCAUUGUGUUCCGCGCCCUGGGCUUCGUGUCUGACAGAGACAUCCUGGAGCACAUCAUCUACGACUUUGACGAUCCCGAGAUGAUGGAAAUGGUGAAGCCGUCCCUGGAUGAGGCCUUUGUGAUCCAGGAGCAGAACGUAGCGCUGAAUUUCAUUGGCUCUCGCGGUGCCAAGCCCGGCGUCACAAAGGAGAAGAGGAUCAAGUACGCCAAGGAGGUCCUGCAGAAGGAAGUGCUGCCCCACGUGGGAGUCAGUGACUUCUGUGAGACCAAGAAGGCCUACUUCUUAGGGUACAUGGUCCACAGGCUGCUGCUGGCCGCCCUGGGCAGAAGGGAGCUGGACGACAGGGAUCACUAUGGCAACAAGAGGCUGGAUCUGGCCGGUCCGCUGCUGGCCUUCCUGUUCCGAGGGAUGUUUAAAAACCUGCUGAAGGAGAUCAGGAUCUACGCACAGAAGUUCAUCGACAGAGGGAAGGAUUUUAACCUGGAGCUGGCCAUCAAGACCCGCAUCAUCUCUGACGGGCUCAAGUACUCCCUGGCCACCGGGAACUGGGGCGACGUGAAGAAGGCCCAUCAGGCCAGAGCGGGGGUGUCCCAGGUGUUGAACCGCCUCACCUUCGCCUCCACCCUGUCCCACCUCCGGCGUGUCAAUUCCCCCAUCGGACGGGACGGCAAGCUGGCCAAACCCCGGCAGCUGCACAACACCCUGUGGGGCAUGGUGUGCCCCGCCGAAACCCCAGAGGGCCACGCUGUGGGGCUGGUGAAGAACUUGGCACUCAUGGCCUACAUCUCUGUGGGCUCCCAGCCCUCCCCCAUUCUGGAGUUCUUGGAGGAGUGGAGCAUGGAGAACCUGGAGGAGAUCUCCCCAGCCGCCAUCGCUGACGCCACGAAGAUCUUUGUGAACGGGUGCUGGGUGGGGAUCCAUAAGGACCCGGAGCAGCUGAUGAACACCCUGAGGAAGCUCCGGAGACAGAUGGACAUCAUCGUGUCUGAGGUGUCGAUGAUCAGGGACAUCCGGGAGAGGGAAAUCCGUAUCUACACAGACGCAGGGAGGAUUUGUCGCCCUCUGCUGAUCGUGGAGAAACAGAAGCUUCUGCUGAAGAGGAGGCAUAUUGACCAGCUGAAGGAAAGAGAGUACAACAAUUACAGCUGGCAGGACCUGGUGGCCAGCGGGGUGGUGGAGUACAUCGACACGCUGGAGGAGGAGACUGUGAUGCUGGCUAUGACCCCCGAUGACCUACAGGAGAAGGGCGUGGCCUACUGCUCCACCUACACCCACUGCGAGAUCCACCCCUCCAUGAUCCUGGGCGUGUGCGCCUCCAUCAUCCCCUUCCCUGAUCACAACCAGUCGCCCAGGAACACGUACCAGUCCGCUAUGGGUAAACAAGCCAUGGGCGUGUACAUCACCAACUUCCACGUGCGCAUGGACACCCUGGCCCACGUGCUGUACUACCCACAGAAGCCCCUGGUGACCACCCGCUCCAUGGAGUACCUGCGCUUCAGGGAGCUUCCAGCAGGCAUCAACUCUAUAGUGGCCAUUGCCUCGUACACUGGGUACAAUCAGGAAGACUCGGUCAUCAUGAACCGUUCUGCCGUCGACCGUGGUUUCUUCAGGUCCGUGUUCUACCGCUCGUAUAAGGAACAGGAAUCCAAGAAGGGCUUUGACCAGGAGGAGAUUUUUGAGAAACCCACACGUGAAACUUGUCAAGGCAUGCGGCACGCCAUCUACGACAAGCUGGACGACGACGGGCUGAUCGCGCCGGGCGUGCGCGUCUCCGGGGAGGACGUGAUCAUCGGCAAGACGGUGACGCUGCCGGAGAACGACGACGACCUGGACAGCACCAACCGGCGCUACACCAAGCGCGACUGCAGCACCUUCCUCCGCACCAGCGAGACCGGCAUCGUGGACCAGGUCAUGGUCACCCUCAACCAGGAGGGCUACAAGUUCUGCAAGAUCCGGGUUCGGUCCGUGCGCAUCCCCCAGAUCGGAGACAAGUUCGCCAGUCGGCACGGGCAGAAGGGAACCUGCGGCAUCCAGUACAGGCAGGAGGACAUGCCCUUCACGUGUGAGGGCAUCACCCCUGACAUCAUCAUCAACCCCCAUGCCAUCCCUUCUCGAAUGACAGUCGGCCAUUUGAUCGAGUGUUUGCAGGGGAAGGUGUCCGCCAACAAAGGCGAGAUCGGCGACGCCACGCCGUUCAACGACGCCGUGAACGUGCAGAAGGUCUCCAACCUGCUGUCCGAGUACGGCUAUCACCUGAGAGGCAACGAGGUGCUGUAUAACGGUUUCACCGGCCGCAAGCUCACCUCCCAGAUCUUCAUCGGGCCCACCUACUACCAGCGCCUCAAGCACAUGGUGGACGACAAGAUCCACUCCAGGGCCCGCGGGCCGGUGCAGAUCCUCAACCGGCAGCCCAUGGAGGGCCGAUCCCGGGACGGGGGCCUGCGUUUCGGGGAGAUGGAGCGGGACUGUCAGAUCGCCCACGGGGCGGCGCAGUUCCUGCGGGAGCGGCUGUUCGAGGCCUCGGACCCCUACCAGGUGCACGUGUGCAACCUGUGCGGCCUGAUGGCCAUCGCCAACACCCGCACGCACACCUACGAGUGCCGGGGCUGCCGCAACAAGACCCAGAUCUCCCUGGUCCGGAUGCCCUACGCUUGUAAGCUCCUCUUCCAGGAGCUCAUGUCUAUGUGUAUCGCGCCUCGCAUGAUGACCAGCUAGAGUUUGGGCUUGUUGACAGGACGUCACAACGUCGAAGCUUGACAAGGAUGGAGGUGCAGUUUUGGCUACGGAAUCCAGGAUAUUUAAAUUGUUCUCGCAGGCAGUCACUGAGACGGUUUACUUUUGGUAAGAAAAGUAUUAUUCCUCUAGGGAUGUCGCUGAGAAGAAACGCAAUAAUGCGUUGGUUUUUUUUGUUAUUGUAUUAUGUGGGAAAUGAAUAAAGUCUGAUUUGUAA